CCUGCCUCGCAGCCGGCCGGCUUUGGGCUGCGCCUCAGAAGGACCCCGCGAGGGUGAGGAAGAGGAGGAGGAGAAGCACCACCCCGCCUCCCUCUCCCUCCCUCCCUCUCUCCCCUUCUGCAGCCGGCAGAAGAGCGGCUCCUCUGCUCGCCUGCGCCUGACUCCCGUCGCCGCCGCCGCCGCCGCCUUUUGUUUGGCUUCUCUCAGCCGCCGGGCGCGCGGGCGGCGAGUCUCUCCGUUGGCUCCCUUGGGAUGGUUUCGUGGACUUGCUGCUCUACCGGCUGGCGAUGCCCUGCUAGGGCCUCGGCUCGCUAACUGCCAUGUCUCCAGCAGCGGCCAGCUCGGGCCCCAGCAAGCGCCAGAGGCCCGGCGGCGCGGCGGCGCCCUAAGCGAGCGGGACGCCGAGCCGGUGGAUGCGGCCGCCGGCAUGUCGGGCGGCAGAGUGGGCGGCGGCGGCGGGAGCGGCGCGGCCGCGCAUCGGAGGUCCGAGGCCAGCGAAGGGGUGGCGCAGAGAGACGAGGAGCAGGAAGAAGAUGCGGAGGAAGAUCUCCGAGAUGGAGGAGUCCCUUUCUUCGUCAACCGAGGCGGGCUGCCCGUCAACGAGGCCACCUGGGAGAGGAUGUGGAAGCACGUGGCGAAGAUCCACCCCGAGGGAGAAAGGGUGGCCCUGAGGAUCCGGGGAGCCAGUGACCUGCCCAAGAUUCCCAUACCAAGUGUGCCUACGCUCCAGCCGUCCACUCUUAUCCCUGAGCGUCUGGAAGCUGUACAGCGUUAUAUCAGGGAGCUUCAGUACAAUCACACUGGGACACAGUUCUUUGAAAUCAAGAAAAGCAGGCCUUUGACUGGGCUGAUGGAUCUGGCCAAAGAAAUGACAAAAGAGGCUCUGCCAAUCAAGUGUCUGGAAGCUGUGAUCCUGGGAAUUUACCUCACCAACAACAUGCCAACCCUGGAGCGUUUCCCCAUCAGCUUCAAAACCUACUUCUCAGGGAACUACUUCCGCCAUAUUGUGCUGGGAGUGAACUUUGGGGGCCGCUACGGUGCCCUGGGCAUUAGUCGGCGCGAGGAUCUCAUGUACAAAGCGCCCACCUUCCGCACGCUGAGCGAACUGAUCUUUGAUUAUGAGGAGGCCUACCGGCGCUGUUGGCACACCCUAAAAAAGGUGAAGCUUGGCCAGUGUGUGUCCCAUGACCCACAUAGUGUGGAGCAGAUUGAGUGGAAGCACUCCAUCUUGGAUGUGGAGAAGCUGGGCCGUGAGGACUUCCGCAAGGAGCUCGAGAGGCAUUCCCGUGACAUGAGGCUGAAGAUCAGCAAAGGAACAGGGCCACCAUCGCCCACCAAGGAUAGGAAGAAGGAUGUGUCAUCCCCACAGCGAAGCCAAUCCAGUCCACAUCGUCGCAAUAGCCGGACAGAACGGCGACCAUCUGGAGAGAAGAAGCCUACAGAGCCCAAAGCUAUGCCGGAUCUCAACGGUUACCAAAUCAGAGUAUAAAGAAGUCUUCUCACCAUUCAAGGAUUGCUUUCUGGACACUUGUUUGGACCGAGUCUGCCCACAAGGGGCGCAAUGUGUGGGGAAAGGGGCACAGGGGGCAUGAAGUGCUGGUUUCCUCCGAGGUAUUUCCUGCAAUGCUGAACCCCCCAGAGCACUAUUCUGUGGGGUACAGGGCAUUCUGGGAGUUUGCUUCUCUGACUUUUAAAGGGGUGAUUUCCUCCCCCUUUAUAUAUAUAUUUUGUAAUCCAGCAGCUAAACAAACUGCACAAGCAGUGGACUCUGCCAGACAGUGUUGCAGUGUUGUACAGUAUUGGUAAGAAAAGUCGUCUUUUUUGCUGAGUUGAUGGCGAGACACUUGUGUCCGCCAGCCCAACGGGAACUGAACUUCUUUUAAUCCCUUUAGAGAGGCAUAUUUUCCACCCUUUAUUUCUGAAAGAAUCAAGCUGGUAUGAGGCCUCGGAGAAGUAGGGUCUGGAAACAAAAAGCUGAAUCCUGUGGAAGAAUUUUUGAAUUUGUACCUUCUGAGAAUUUUAAUAUUUUUAUUGAGUUGGAGUGGGGAGAAAGCAAGCACCGUCUUUGCAUAUGCCCUGAAACCACCAUCUUGUACUUCUGUUUCAAAUGAUGGAGUGCCUUGUAUGAUGAGAACAGCGCUCUCCUGCAGUUCCUGCAGCAAGGUGAAGCCGGCCAGUUUGAUGUCCCAGGAAGUGAGCCUUCAUAGCGGGCAGGUCAGGAGACAUUUCUUGCAUGCAGAAGCCAAAUGAAGGAUGGUAGCAUCUUAACUGGCCUAACCGUGGCCCUCGGCCAUUGUGAUGCAUUCAAGAGAUUGGUUGGAGACCAGUUUUCCAUCUCUUUACUUUCUGGUGCUAUUCUGGUGUCUCGAGUGCAUUGGCAGAGCAUCAUAGCCUUUCAAAGUGGGAGUGUGAUGUGGAUGCAAAGAGCAGAUCCAUAUGACUUGACUCCAUGAGUAUUUCUCCCUUUUAAAGAAAAAAGGAUGUGUUGCGCUCCCUCUCUUUUAACAACACAACCCUUGCUCGUUCUCUUUAUCAAGGUGUUGAUUUGUUGUCAUUUAAAGAUCACACACUGAUUAUUCUUAAGGUAUACCCAUAGCCUUUUUUUAAUGCAGAUAGUAACAUAUAACUGGGGUACCAGCCACAUCACAUCCUGUGGAUCUAUCACUGUUUGUGCCCUCUUUUCUGGUCCGUCCGUGUGCCCACCACCUCUGCCAAUCAUAUUCUAGAUAAUGAAAAGUGUGGGGUUUUCCAUGUCUGUCCUUGACUGAAGCCCUGUGUUGCCCUUCUGUCUGCCAUAUGUUUUUAGCGGAAAAUUUGUGCCAGUGCACCUGUAAAUCCUUUAAAAAAAACUUAAGCCACCUUGUUAAUUAAAUGUGGUAGCACGUCUCAGUGCUCCAUCCAUGUCCCUUUCUCAAAAAACAUGGAUGGAUAGGUGGGCUGGUGGCUGUGGGUGCAGUCGGGACAAUUUCAGCACUUAAUUUAAGGGGGGGGGAAUCUCUGCAUCUGGAAUGGUCAUUGCAGAUAGUGUGUAUGCAGAAGACAUGCCCUGGGAUGAUAAAGGAUGAUAAACUGAAAUGUGGGGAGGACUAGUAUGGCCACAACCUUAAAAGGAGCCUGCUCUGCAGACAGGGCUGAGAUGUCCCUCCCAGGCAGCAAGUGAAUCUGAGAUGCUGCUGCGACAAAUGAUACUCGCUCGUCACUCAUCCCUGUUGAUUAGCUUAUGGCCUCCUUGGGUUCAAUUGGCUUUCAGAGCAGUGUGAACUCGGCAGUAGCUGAGAGAGGGGACAGUGCACAAAAGGGCUCAUGUAUUAUGUAAGGGACGCAGCUUAAAGCAAUGAAGGGAAACCUGAUGCCCUCCAGAUAGUCUUCUGACUCCCUCUAUUCCUAGCCAGCAUGGUCAAUGGCCAGGGAUAAUGGGAGUUGCAGCCCAAUAACAUCUGGAGGGUUGCAAAUUCCCCAUCCCUGCUUCAAGAGUGCAAAGCACUUGCUCCACAGUAUCAUGUUUCCUAGUUCUCUUGUUCCAUAGGAUCUGUUCUGGCUGUGGAUUUUCCAUCAUCUUUUCCAGGAAGUCUGAUUGCCUUUUACCACUCUCCCACCCCACAACAGACAGUAUUUUCCAGGUUUUUACUUAAAGAAAAACAACAACUCUUUUUACUUAACUGCCUUUCUGUAGCAGGAUUGAGCUGGUCUUCCUCUUGACUAGUGAGCUGCUGCAAAGUAAUUAAACAUUUCAGAAGAUGGUGUGCUGUGGGUGUCUCUAGCUAUAGGGCCAGGGAGUGUUGUCUGUGAUCAGUAUUUUAUUUGUGAGUUGUGGACGGAGGAAGAGGCAAUAAGGUGUGGGGCUGUAGGCCCAAAGAGGAGGUGAGAUCUACAGUAUGUUAACCUAAUUGGGGUGUGGGGGGUGUGGGAGUUCACACGUGGAAUAUUUAACAUGUCUUACUACAAUACAGAAUGUGUACAGACACUUAUGAGCCAAAUGCAAACAUAUCAUGUUAGAAAAUGUUCACAGAUUUAAAAAAUAACAACUCUUUUGGAGCAUUGUUUAAGGAACCAUCCAACAUGCUUGUUGCCUGUCUCCUUUUGUGUCUCUACAAUUAAGAAGAAAAAGAUUUUAAAUAUGACUGGAUCAUAUUUAUAUUUAAAGAUGGAUGUUCUUUUUGUAGUUCACAUCGAGCCUAAUUUUAGGUAAUAAAUAGUGAAAUUCUACUGAAAACGAAGCCCGUAUUAAUCCAUUAGCAAUUGCCUGUGUUGAAAUGUCUGAAACAUCUUCCUCUUUAGAAUAGUGGGUCCUCUCAUCAAAGUCCUCCAACUAUCCCUUGUUUUUUUCUUUCCUAGCUUGUUAGCUGCCAAGUUUAUCUGCAUCAUGAAAGGGGGGGGGAGGGAUCACAUUCAUUACUGGGGCCAUGAACCUUUGGUGGCUGAGAGAUGAGCCUUAAUGUUUAGUCAUCCUCCAGAGCUGGAGAAGUUGAGCCAAGUUUCAAGAUUAGAUGUAAAGGAGGUUGGCAUCCAUCAUGUGGUCCUUGAGGUGAACUGAUAGUGAUCUAUCUGCAGGAAGACCCUUAUAAAGAAGCAGUCUAAGUUUGGUGGGUUGCAUUGUUCAUGAAACUUGCAACUAAUGAGAAAGUAAACAUUACCCACAAUUGGAACAAGUGUUCUUUUGCCAUGUAGCAGUCUCUGCCUGUUUUUGUUUUCUUAAAAAAAUAAUUAAAAGACUGGCUGUAAACAGAGAGAAUUCUUUAGUUGGCAAGCUGGAACAGACUCUGAGGAAAGCUGCAACCAGCAAUUCAGCUGUGGCAGAAGUGAGAACUGGGUAUAUUUGCAACAAAAAGGCACAAGGGGAAAACAGUUUUAGUGAUCUUGAGAGGAGGAAGCUGUUUGCUGUUUCUGCUGAGCUUUAUAAUUACAGCAAAGGGGGCUGUGACAGAAGGUUAGGAAAGAACUCCUCAAUUGUCAUCAAACUCAUGGGUGCGAGUGUUUUGAACCAGGAUGUCAAAUUUGUCAGAAUGACCAGUUCUAGUGCUUUGGUAAAAGAACGGUAUUGACUUAUAGCAGUUGAGCCUGCCAGGUCUCCCUGCCUUUACAGACGUUGGACGGACAUCGCAGCAAGGAGAUGUCUUGCCCACACCCAAGCAAACAUUCAUGCCUUCUUUCUACACAGAGCAGCAUACGUCACUCUGGCCAGGACUUCCCAUCACUCCACCUGCCCAGAUGAGGACAUAGGUGGCAAAUGCCCAAGUCUUACAGAUAGUUCCCCUUUCUGGGCUCAGAGCCCACCACCCCAAGCUCACAGAUAAGGGUAGCAUCAAAGCAAGCCAAUUAGCCUAUAUCAAAGCAAGUGAUUAUAAAUAUAUAUGAGCUCAGGGUUACAACUACCAAUUAAUUGUGGGGUUACCUUGCUCCCCAGUUCAGGGGAACAACAGGUUGACUUAAAGCAGUUCUCAUCAAACUCUACCUGGAGGAAACCCAAGGCACCUGUUGGAGAACCUCUGCAUGUUUCAGGCACCCUGGAGCAGGUCUGGAACCAGUUUGUAUGACUGAGAAGCUGCUGUUCCCCUUGAUGAACAGAGCCUGUGCCCCCAAACAAGCACCACCAAGCUGCCUAUUGCAGAAUAUGAUGCAUAGUGGAAGGAAAGCUUGUUUGCUAUUUCUGAUUUCUACACUGGGGAACCUUUGCCUAACCUUUGGACUCCUGGCAUCACUGCAUCAAAAACAACUGCCUUUGAAGGAUGGCCAGUAAACAGAAAUCACUGCAUAUCUCUUGUGAACCAAGCCUAUGUGUCUACACUUGUCUUCUGCUUGUGGAAUGCUCUCCCCAGGAAGGCCCUUAUUACAUAUCUUUAGGCACCAGGCAAAAAAAGUUAAUAUUCCCCAGGCCUUUGGAUAAUUCUAAUCGAUGGCCUUUUAAACUAUGUUUUGUUUGUUUGUUACAAUGGUAAUUUUGAAUUUUUAUAUUAUAAACUACCCUGUGAUCCUUGGAUGAAGGGCGGUAUAGGUAAUUAAUUAAUUAAUACUAAAUAAUAAACUUUCCUGCUCUAAGAUGUAUGAAAUG